GGAGAUUCCGCAGCCAACAGGUGGGCCCCGCACUCCGGCCGCCCGGCCUCCCAUCUCCCUGGUGGACAAGUUUCUUCUUAUCUGCAAACUCGGUUUCACUUCACUAUUUUUAUGAUUGGAACCUCUACCCAAAGGACAUGUUCAAGUCUCCUUCUUUCUUUAAGAGGCCAUUUUUGUAUUCUUUUUAAAACAUUGAAAACAAAAUAAGUCAAUGUCUUCUGGAACUAUGGACCUUAUACAUAUAAAUGAGUUUGACCUAUCCUACAAUCCUUUUCUUCAAACGUUUCUAGCAAAUGUCGACUUAGAAAAAGUAAUCAGUGAACUGAACGAGGCGCACAGGAAAAUACGUGAGCAGUUGCCUAAAGGUCCCAUCUACUCAAUGAGAAGUGAAGCUAAGAGGUUGAAGAGUCUGUUGAAUUUAGUGCCCAGUUCUACUUGGUCACCAAAAGAGCUGGCGUCUGCUGGAUUCUUCAGAACUGGUUUGGAAGAAAGUUGUCAGUGUUUCUACUGUGGACUAGUGUUCUGUAGUCAAACUUUAAGUGUCACACCAAUAGAGAAACAUCGGAAGUUCAAUCCUCAUUGUGCAUUUAUUCAAGGCAAUGAUGUUGGAAAUAUAUCACAAUAUGAAAUCCAUCCACAAUGCAUAGAGAUCAGCCCCAGUGAGAACUGGAAUAUAAUGCAGAAUGAACAAGUCCGGCUACAGUCAUACACCCAUUGGCCCCCGUAUGCUUUAUUGGAGCCCAGAGUCCUCGCCCAGGCAGGAUUAUUUUUCACAGGGACAAGAGAUAUUGUCCAAUGCUUCUCCUGUGGUGGAUGUUUGGGAAACUGGGAAGAAAAUGAUGAUCCAUGGAAAGAACAUGCAAAGUGGUUUCCAAAGUGUGAAUUCCUCCAGGGGGAGAAAUCUAAAGAUGAAAUAAAGCAGUAUAUUGAAAAUUACAAUGGAUUUGUAGGAAUAACGGGUGCAUCAUUCAAAAAUAUUUUGAACAAUGAAACUGAAUCUGCAUUAUCCACAGAAACAGGAAGUAUUCUGCUUUCUUUGAAAAAACAUCUUGUUGAAAAGUACCAUGAACCCUCUUUCCACCAUGUUUCCCCUUUUGGAGAUUCAGUUUCUGUAGAUCUGGCCUCACAUUUUGCUGAUAUCUGUGUCAUGUUGAAAGAUAGAAAAAACCAACUAGUACGACAGCUGACAUUACCAGAUAUCCUGUCUGAGCUGACUGACAUCACCAUGAUAGAAGGCGAAACUGGCAGUGGGAAAACUGCUCUUCUCAAAAAGAUUGCCAUCCUGUGGGCAUCAGGGUCCUGCCCUAUACUCAGCAGAUUUAGUCUGGUGUUUUAUAUUUCUCUUGCCUCUACUGAGAGCUGUCAAACUCUUAGAGACAUCAUCUGCCAACAACUGAUCGGAUCCUCAACAUCUCUAACAGAGGAGAGUCUGGGAGAAAUCAUAGGGGAAUUAAAGGGUAAUGCUCUCUUCCUCCUGGAUGACUAUGGUUUGGUGGACUCCAUUCCCGGAGCCAUAGAAGAAUUGAUACAGAAGAACCCAUGGAACAGAGUGAAUCUUUUAGUCACAGUGAACACUGAUAAAGGGUGGAAGCUGCGGCGAUAUGCAAGGACCAUAAUGAGCAUCCAGAAAUUCCCCUUAUAUAGUUCCAUUUACCUAGCCAAAAAAUUGUUUCCACAUGAUAUUGAGCGUGUUAGAAAUUUUUUUGUAAAGCUAGAAACAUCCAAAAACUUAUCAGCUAUUUAUGAGAUACCCCUGAUGAUUCUUGCUCAGUGUUCCACCUGGAUGAAGUACCCUUCAGAUAAUACAUUUAGAGACAUUAACAUUUUUAAAGAGUAUUUAACAUACAUCAUAGCAAAGUUUCCUAAAGAGACUCAAUUGGUGAAUUCCCAGGUGUCUUCAUGUGGAGAACUUGCCAUCAAAGGACUUUUCAAGUCCCAGUUCCAAUUUACAGAGAAUGACUUGAAAGCAGCUGGUGUGGAUCAGGACAAAGCCAUCAAAUUUGGACUUUUGAGCAAACUCACAGCACAGAGGCUCCAUUCAAUGUACAGGUUCUUUAGCACCUCAUUCCAGGAGUUUAUUGCUGGAAAACGUCUAAGUGAAUUGUUAGAGUCUGAAAAUCGUGAAGAGCUAGACAAAGGUUUCCAUUAUCUUCAUCAGAUAAAUACUUUUCUUAAAAUCAUUGGACGUUACCGUUAUUUCCUGAAAUACGCAUCCAGGAUUUCUACAAAAGCGACUCUUAAGAUCCUCUCAUAUUUGUUUAGCCUUUAUGACAAACCCGAAGCUUUGGAUUGCCAUCAAGAUAACACAGAACAUUUCCAACGCCACCCAGAACUUGAAAUAGAAGAAAAGGCCUUCAUUCUGAUUGUAUGUAAAAUAAUCAAUAUUGACAUAAGUUACACUUGUAUGAACAUAUUGAUGGGUUUUGCCAUUGAAGCAGGAGAGGAAAGUCAAUGUCUAGAAGACUGCGCUCCCAUUAUUAUGCAGUUUAUAGCAGGAAAAACAAUGUCCUUUUCUGUAAACCGUAUGAACAUGAACUCGUCUGCCAGCAUACUUAUGUUCAUUGAAAAAUACCCACAUUGCAUUAGUCUGUUCAGCUGUGUUAACAUCAACUUGCAUAAUGCAAAUCUGAAACAUAAAGCUCUUGAUUUCUCAGGAUUUGCAAAUGUCUGUGCACCAUAUGGCGUGCCAAUAGUCGAUGAGGAUUACACAUCUGCGUAUCUGUCACUCAGAGAGACAAUUCAAGACAAUAAAAAAAACUGGAUGAAUCAACGUCUUUUCAUGAUGUCUGAUCACAUUGAGAUGCAUUUAAGUGAGUGUGAAGGUUUUGUGAAGAGUAUUGGAUCAGCCAUCGAUCAGUUCUCAGGGGCUUUCAAGAAACUCAUUUUACACAACACAUGUCUGGAAGUAGAGGAAUUAGAUAUGAUAUUCAAGAUGUCUUCUCUACAAUCCCUGGAGAUUGAAAACGUGGAAAGCACUUAUACAGAGUUGCUGGUUCAUAGCAUUCAUAAAUUGACAUGUUUGGAAGAAGUAUCCAUUGUCUUACCAAACAAUACACAGAUAGUAGAUAAUUUACCAGAUGAUUUUGAAACACUUAAAAGGAUGAAGAAAAUUGUAUUUCAGAGUUCAGAAAGUGAUAUUAAUUCAGCAAAAUUCGAUAAAUUUAUCCAAAGCUUUGUAGAUCUGGAAAUUCUGCACCUAAAUUUCAAAAAACUUCAGGACUGCAAUGGCCUGGUAACCUCACUCACAACUUGUAAGAAGCUGAAAGAAUUGGAUCUACGUGGAACACGACUACAGGACAGUGACAUGGCUUUAAUAGCUUCUGCAAUGAAGAAAUUUACCAGACUGAAAAUUCUGAACUUGGCGAAACAAAAAAUAAUGGCAAAAGAUAUUUCUGAGACCUUUGCUAUAGCACUGGGCUCCCUUUUUUACUUGGAGAAGUUAUGGCUGCCAGUCGGAGUUGGCAUGGCUCAUUCUGCCAAACUAAUAAUUGAACAAUUUCAAAAUCUUCCAAAUCUCAGGUUCCUCGCCAUGUUGGAGAUAUUAGAUGAUGAUAGUAUUGCAUUAUUAGCUGAUAAUAAACUCGUUUCCCAACUACACUCCUCAAAACUGAAAUUGCCACACAAAGAAACAAAGAGAAGCCGUAAGGUUAUGCAAAUCAAGGAAGUAUCAGCGAAAGAAGCAAAAUAUGGAAAUUUGAAAAAUCUUCAACGUCUUGAUCUGCAAGUUAAUUCUAAUAUAACAGAAUCUGGUUGGACAACAUUCUUUGAACAGGCCAAAGACCUGCCAGAGCUAAAACAUCUGGAUAUCAGCCGGAUGUACACUCAGCAGAUCAAGUCUCAUGCAACCACCGUGACAUCCUUUGUCAAAUUUGUGUCCAGACUUCCCAGUCUGGUGAAUUUAUUAAUGUACGGGUGGCUGCUGGAUGAAGAUGAUCUGAACAUGUUCAAUGCUAUGAAAGAAAAUCAUCCUCAGUCCAAGAGAAGAACCAUCAACACCACAUCUCACUUCACACGUCUCUUGGAAAGAUGUGAGAGCUUCUUCUUGGUCUGGUACUAUCUUGUACCAAAAGACUUAGAGAAAAUGGACCUAAUAAAUAUAUCCGAGUUUGACUCUUCACACAGAAGUAAAGGAGUGCCUUUAUCUCCACAUAUAAGUCACAUUGAUUUCAACAAAGCUGUUUGUAGGCUGGAAGAAUCCCAUAGAAAAAUACGAGAGCAGCUGCCUAGACAAUCCAACUACUCAAUGAGAAGUGAAAUAAAGAGACUGAGGAGCCAUUGGACUCAAAUUCCUCUUUUAAGCUGGUCCCCACAAGAGAUGGCCGCUGCUGGAUUCUUUCGAACUGGUUUGGAGAACAGUAUACAGUGCUUCUGCUGUGGGUUGGUCCUGUGCAAGCAUUCUUUAACUUAUACCCCUAUUGAACAGCAUCAGAAGUUUAAUCCUUGUUGCGAAUUCAUUCAGGGCAAAGAUGUCGGUAAUAUAUUGAUUUAUGAUGUUCGUGUGCAGCUAAAGAAGAUUAUUCCAAUAGAUGUCAAGGAAUCCAUGGACACUGAACAGAUUAGACUACAAUCCUUUACCUGUUGGCCGGUGUAUGCUUUAAUCAAACCCUGCACUUUGGCAGAAUCUGGCUUUUUCUUCACAGGAACAAGAGACAUUGUCCAGUGCUUCUCCUGUGGUGGAUGUUUAGGAAACUGGGAAGAAAAUGAUGACCCCUGGAGAGAGCAUACAAAAUGGUUUCCUGAGUGUAAAUUUCUCCAGAAAAACAAAACAAGCGAUGAGCGUCAGCAAUACAUCAGAAGUUACUGUGGUUUUGCAGAAAUGACGGGAACAUCUUUUACACAUAUUUCGGAAAAAAUACUUAAUCUAGUAACAGAAUUAACAAAUGGAAAAACAGAGACCCAGGAUAAAGUAAAUACAUUGAAAAAACAUCUCACUGAAAAGUAUCGUGAUCCUACAUUCUGUUGUGCAUCUCCUUUUGGAAAUACUGUUACUAUAGAUCUGAACUCACAAUUUGCUGACAUUUCAAUCAUGUUGAAAGACAUAAAAAAUCAACCGAUGUGGCGGCUGACAUUACCCGAUAUCCUGUCUGAGCUGACAGACAUCACCAUGAUAGAAGGAGAAGCUGGCAGUGGGAAAACUGCUCUUCUCAAAAAGAUUGCCAUCCUGUGGGCAUCAGGGUCCUGCCCUAUACUCAGCAGAUUUAGUCUGGUGUUUUAUAUUUCUCUUGCCUCUACUGAGAGCUGUCAAACUCUUAGAGACAUCAUCUGCCAACAACUGAUCGGAUCCUCAACAUCUCUAACAGAGGAGAGUCUGGGAGAAAUCAUAGGGGAAUUAAAGGGUAAUGCUCUCUUCCUCCUGGAUGACUAUGGUUUGGUGGACUCCAUUCCCGGAGCCAUAGAAGAAUUGAUACAGAAGAAUCCAUGGAACAGAGUGAAUCUUGCAGUCACAGUGAACACUGAUAAAGGAUGGAAGCUGCGGCGAUAUGCAAGGACCAUAAUGAGCAUCCAGAAAUUCCCCUUAUAUAGUUCCAUUUACCUAGCCAAAAACCUGUUUCCACCUGAUAGUAAACAGAUGGAUACAUUUAUACUAGAAUUAGGCACAUCUCUUAAUUUUCCGUCAAUUUUGCAAACUCCGCUGAUGAGUCUUGCUCAGUUUUCCUCGUGGAUUCAAUAUCCCAAUGACAAUACAACUGGUGAUGUCCAUGUGUUCAAGGAAUAUGUAAAAUAUAACAUAACAAAGUUCCCUAAAGAGGCUGAAGCAGUGAAUUCUCAGGUGUCUUCAUGUGGAGAACUUGCCCUUAAAGGACUUUUCCAGUCCCAGUUUCAAUUUACAGAAAAUGACUUAAGAGCAGCUGGCGUAGACAAGGAAAAAGCCAUCAGAUUUGGACUUUUGAGUAAAUUCACAGCACAGAGGCUCCAUUCAAUAUAUAUGUUCUAUGACCCUUCAUUCCAAGAGUUUCUUGCUGGAAAGAGACUCAGUGAAUUACUAGAGUCUGAGAGAAAGGAGGAUCUAAACAAAGGUUUCCAUUACCUUCAUCAGAUAAAUACUUUCCUUAAAUUCAUUGGACCGUAUCUGUAUUUUAUGAAGUAUGCAACCAGGAUUUCUACAAAAGCAACUCUCAAGAUUCUCUCAUACUUGUUUAGCUUUUAUGGCAACCCUGAAGCUCUGGAUUGUGAUCUAGACAAUACAGAACACCUGCAGCGUCACCCAGAACUUAAAGAAGAAGAAGACCAUUUUCUAUUGAUACUACGUAAACACAAACCUGUUAACAUCGAUUUGGCUCUUUCAACUGUAUUGUUAAUAUUUGCCAUUAACUCAGCCAUCGAAAGUCAAUGUCUACCAGACUGUGCUCCCAUUAUACUGCAAUUUCUUACAGGGAAAACAUUUGAAUUUGCUGUCAGUCUGAUCAUCAACAAUUCUGCAGAACAGAUUCUCAGUUUUAUAGAAAAAUACCCAGAAAGUAUUAGUUUGUGGAGUAGCAUCAAGUUUAACAUUAUUGCAGAAAAACAACAAACACUACCGGACUAUUCAAGGCUGGAGAUUGGUUGGGAAAGCUAUGGUGUGCCUACAGUAGAAAGAGACUAUGCAGAUGCAUAUCUUCCACUCAAUGAUAUAAAGAAAGAGAAUGAAAGGAUAAAAAAUGAAUGUGAUAAAGUCUACUCAGUUUUCCCCAGCCAAAUUGUAAUAAGGGACUCGAUUAUUCAACCAUUCAAGUCUAUUAGGGAGCACAAGGUACCAAUUUUCCAAAUUCAAGUAAAAGAAGUAAAUCGUGAAAAUUUCUCUCAGGUAGAUUGCGAAGACUUUAAGGUCCUUUUUUCAAUAUCAGCUAGAAUUGAGCUACAAUUGAAUGACUCGACAGAUUUUGUGAGACACCUUGCACCAGCAAUCGAGCAGCACUUAAGUUCUUUUAAGAAACUUUGUAUUUGUGACUCCUAUUUGACAGCAGAAGAACAAGAUUUAAUUCUCAAGAUGUCUUCUCUAGAAAGCCUGGAAAUUGGGUGUAACUAUAGUGAAAACUACCCAGAGCAUCUAAUUCGUGGCAUACACAACUUUCCUAACUUAACUGAAGUAACUAUAUAUCUGUUGCAAAAUCCAGAAGUCCUUGACCACCUACCAGUUGAAUUUGAAAGACUGGACGGAAUGAAAAAACUUGCUUUUGGUUGUACAAGUUUUGGUAUAGGAUCAAUAAAAUUUGUCCCAUUCAUCAGACAUUUUACAGAUUUGGAGGUUCUGCACUUAUCCUUGAAAUAUUAUAUAGAUUUUAAUGGUGUUAUGAGCUCACUCUCACAGUGUAAGAAGCUGAAAGAACUGAGUUUCUUUGGAUCUAUACUUCAUGAAGAUGAUAUGGCUGUUCUUGCUGCGACAAUGAAGAAUUUUACAUCUCUGAAAACUCUAAAUUUGGACCGGCAUAGGAUUGUUGGAACAGAGACUGCUGAGAUGUUUGCUGUGUCAUUGGGACCCCUCAGUCACCUGGAGAAGGUGUGGUUGCCUGUUGGGGAAGGAAUGGCUCAUGCUGCAAAGAUCAUUAUUGAACAGUUCCAGCAUCUUCCCAACCUCCAGUUCCUGUCCAUGAAGGAGAUAUUAGAUGAUGAAAGCAUUGCAGCGUUAGGAAAAGUGUCAAAAAAUGGCUUCCUGAAAAGGAUUUGCCACCUAGAGUUGCCUUCCAACUACAGCAUCACUGAAUCUGGAUGGACAAAGUUUUUUGAAACAGCAGCAGACAUGCCGGAGUUAAGCAACCUGAAUAUGAUAAGAAUAUGUCAUGAAUCCAUAAAGUCUCAAGCCACCACUGUCACCGCCUUUGUCCGCUUUGUGUCUCGGAUGCCAAGCCUCAAUGCCAUAUUGAUGCAGGGAUGGCAGCUGGAUAAAGAUGACCUUGGCAUGUUCAACAAAAUGAAGGAGAAACAUCCUCAAUCCAAGAGCUUAGAAAUCCACUGGCAAAUACCAAUACAUUUUACACCAAAUAUAGAGAAUUAAAAGUUCAUUUUUAUUACUGCAUUAACCAAGAAAAUUUACCAAAAAGUAGUUUUGAGCACAAAGCUGUUCUUUAUGUGUGUGCCCCCAUCUGCCAAGCAUUGCCUCUCCUGCUUCAUCACUACCUUAUGUAAAAACAUACAGAAUAUGGAGAAACCUUCACUUGCAAAGAAACAGGGUCUGUUUAUUUGGGAAAGAAAAUUGAGAGCUCCGCUAGGCAGAUGACUUGAUCACCAUAAACUAAACUUUUUGGUGUUUUGGCACCUCCUUGUGGACACAAUGGGACAAUUCCAUAUCAAAGUGCUAUAGGUUUUUAACAACUAGACCCAGCCAACUGCAACUGAAGCAUAAGAUAGCUACUGUCAGGACUCCGUAUGUACACUCCUGAAGCAUUAUUCUAAAGCA